AAAUAAGAGAGAUGGAGUAAUAGCAAGCUUAAAGGAGUGUCCGAUUUUAUUGACUGCAUCAACAAGCGAGUAGAAAUAGAUUGUUCAUCGUCCUUCCUGAUUUCAGUGAGCAACAAGAGAUGACGGUAGCAGCAGGGAUUGGGUACGGAUUGAUCGCAUUAGGCCCUUCCCUUUCUCUCUUUGUAUCUGUUAUCGCCAAAAAACCCUUCUUGAUCCUCACCGUUCUCUCCAGUACAUUACUAUGGCUGGUGAGUUUGAUUAUACUUUCUGGCAUUUGGAGGGGCUUCCUUCCUUUCAAUUCAACAGCAUGGUGGCCAUAUGGAUUACUUGUCUUUUCAUCUGUCUGCUUUCAGGAAGGGCUUCGAAUACUUUUAUGGAAAGUUUACAAGAGGUUGGAGGACAUGUUGGAUGCAUUUGCUGAUAGGAUUUCGAAACCUCGCUUGUUUUUGACAGAUAAGAUGCAAAUUGCUCUAGCUGGUGGCUUAGGUCAUGGUGUGGCUCAUGCUGUUUUUUUCUGCCUUAGCCUCUUGACACCUGCAUUUGGACCUGGAACAUUUUAUAAUGAUACAUGCACUUGGAUGCCUUUCUUUCUCGUUUCUGCAUUUAUUGCUCUUGCAUUUGUUACCAUUCACACUUUCUCAAUGGUUAUUGCCUUCAAUGGAUAUGCCGAAUCGAAGAGACUUGAUCAAUAUUUUGUUCCCAUAGUUCAUCUUAUUGCUGGGAUGCUGAAAAAUCUGAAAAUUUAUGCGAACGAAUGGGAUGCAGGGCAAACUUCAAUGGUUUUCUAUUGACGAGAGUAGAUGAACAUUGUGUAAAUAGUUUGUUAUUGUCCUAUUUACAGACGGAUAGCUUGUUGAUUACAUGGCUAUUAUGUAGAGAAUUUGCUAAGAAUUUAUGUUGCACCUAGAAAGCUAUUUUUGAAUUGUGUCUUCUAAAGAAAUGAUGAUGCAAAAGUAGAUUAACUAACCUUUCAAUUCAUAUUACUCCUUUCGUCCCUCUUAUUUAGCACUCUUUAUUUUUUUUUAUGAAAAUUAGUGAAAUUUAUGAAAAUUAGAAACAGAAAUUGAGUUGGAGAAUA